AUUCUUUUCUUUUUUUCGUCUGAUUUCCCACCAAAAAAAUGAAAAUGGCUCUCUUUAUCGCGAGGAAAAGCAGGCCUUUUAUCCUCUCUCAUUCUGGAAAAAGUACUCUCCUAUACUUGGUUUUGGCACUCAACCCGAAAGUAAAAGAGCAAAGAACAAAAAGAAAAGCUCUGAUUCUAAACCCAGACAUCUUCCUUUAAAAUAUCCCCUUUGACCCAACGCCUUAUUUCAAACCCUGCGGCCUCCAAUUUUUUCCAAGCCCAUUCCCAGAAUCCCACAUCACUUUCCCCGACACCAGUCUUGAAAUUUGACUCGUUUCCUCACUUCCUCAACUUCUUCUUGUGUUAUUUAUUCAUCUACUAUAUUAAUCCUUGCCUGCGUUCAUUUGUUGGAGCUUCAAUCGAUGCAUCAAAACAGAAAAAUGUGUUCUUUGAAAUAGUUUACUUUGAACCCAAAGAAGCAAUCUUGACAUGGAGAGACAAAGAUUGUACAUUUUCUCUUUAAUCUCGUCGGCAUUGUUUUUGCUGUCACAAGGGAUCGUCAGGGCUACUCUGGUGGACAAUGACAAGCAAGCAUUGCUUGAUUUUGAAAAAAAGCUUCCCCAUUUGAGGUCUUUGAACUGGGACGAGGACUCUCCAGUUUGCAAGAACUGGACUGGAGUGAGCUGUAAUGAAGAUGGUUCAAGAGUAAUAUCGUUAAGAUUACCCGGGGUUGGCUUUCAUGGCCCUAUUCCAACAAAUACACUUAGCCGUUUAUCAGCAUUGCAGAUCUUGAGCCUCAGAUCCAAUUUCAUCAAUGGAACUUUCCCUUUGGACUUGGGUAAACUUAGGAACCUGUCAUAUCUUUAUCUUCAGUUUAACAACUUCACAGGUCCACUGCCUCGGGAUUUUUCUGUUUGGAAAAAUCUUACUGGUAUUAAUUUCUCUAAUAAUGGGUUCAAUGGCAGCAUUCCCUCUUCUAUUUCUAGUUUGAGGCAGCUUAGUUCUUUAAAUCUUGCUAAUAAUUCACUUUUGGGAGAAAUUCCAGACCUGAAUUUGCCUAAUUUGCAGCUACUCAAUUUGUCAAACAACAAUCUCAGUGGUGCUGUGCCUAAAUCUUUGCAAAAGUUUCCAAAAUCUGCUUUUCUUGGAAACAAUGCAUCUCUGUUGGAGUAUUCUGUUACUAGCUCUCCUGCUGUUUCACUUCCUAAAGAACCAAUUUUGAAGUCUAAGAAUACUGGGAAAUUGAGUGAGAGGGCUUUGCUUGGAAUCAUAAUUGCUGUUAGUGUUCUGGGGCUUCUAGGUUUUGCUUUUCUGUUGCUUGUUUGCUUGUUAAGGAGGAAAAUUGAGGAUGGUUUUCCUGGCAAGCUUGAGAAAGGAAACAUGUCACCGGAGAAAGUGAUUUCCAGGAGUCAAGAUGCGAAUAAUAAAUUAGUUUUCUUUGAGGGCUGUAAUUAUGCAUUCGAUUUGGAGGACUUGUUAAGGGCUUCUGCCGAGGUGUUGGGGAAGGGAACAUUUGGUACUGCUUACAAGGCAAUAUUGGAGGAUGCAACCAUGGUGGUGGUGAAGAGGCUGAAGGAGGUGGGAGUUGGAAAAAGGGAGUUCGAGCAACAAAUGGGGGUGGUGGGGAGCAUAAAGCAUGAGAAUGUCAUCGAGCUAAGAGCGUAUUACUACUCAAAGGAUGAGAAGCUUAUGGUCUAUGAUUAUUACAGUCAAGGAAGUCUUGCUGCGAUGUUACAUGGAAAAAGAGGAGAAAACAGGCCUCCUUUAGAUUGGGAAACCCGACUAAGGAUAGCCGUUGGUGCGGCAAGAGGCAUUGCUCGAGUCCACAUUGAGAAUGGUGGAAAGCUAGUUCAUGGCAAUGUCAAGUCCUCCAACAUCUUUCUCAACUCUCGGCAAUACGGCUGCGUAUCAGAUCUUGGUCUGUCAACAGUGAUGAGCUCGUUGGCCCCAUCAAUCGCUCGUGCUGCUGGUUAUCGUGCCCCGGAAGUGAUGGACACUCGGAAAGCAACCCAAUCUUCUGAUGUCUACAGCUUUGGCGUGAUGUUACUUGAGCUCCUCACUGGCAAGUCACCUAUCCAUACGACCAGUGGGGAUGAGAUUGUACACCUGGUCCGCUGGGUUCACUCAGUAGUUAGAGAAGAGUGGACAGCAGAGGUGUUUGACCUGGAGCUAUUAAGGUAUCCAAACAUAGAGGAGGAACUGGUGGAGAUGUUACAGAUAGCUAUGGCAUGCGUGGUGAGAAUGCCGGAUCAGAGACCUAAAAUGUCAGAGGUUGCUAAAAUGAUUGCGAAUGUCCGGCCAACAGCUUUUCGAAAUAGAUCAUCUGGC